GAUUUCCGCGGUGGACCCACAUCUCUAAAGAGAUGAACCUGGAUGAAGACAGUGGUCUGUCAGUCAGUUGCGGCAAUGGCAAGCUGAGACAGUGGCUGAUAGAACAGAUCGACAGCAGGCGAUAUCCCGGCCUGGUUUGGGAAAACGACGAGAAAAGCAUCUUCAGGAUUCCGUGGAAACACGCGGGAAAGCAAGACUACAACAGGGAGGAGGAUGCUGCGCUCUUCAAGGCAUGGGCGCUGUUUAAAGGAAAAUACAAGGAAGGUGUAGACAAGCCAGACCCCCCCACGUGGAAAACCAGGUUACGCUGCGCCCUCAAUAAAAGCAAUGACUUCGAUGAGAUGGUGGAAAGAAGUCAGCUGGACAUCUCCGAACCGUACAAGGUUUACAGAAUCAUCCCAGAGGGAUCCAAAAAGGGAAUGAAGAUGAGCCGUUUGGAAGAAGCACCCUCACAUGUUAACACUCUCGGCUACAUUCCUCCUUUCACGUCACUGCACAACCAGGUGCCCAGCUUUGUAGUUUCUCAGGAGAGAAGAGACUGGAGUGAUUAUCAUGUACUGCCAGAACAACAGACUAUGUCUAACACACAUCCCCACGGGCAACAUGCAGAGCUGCCGUACGGCCAGUGCCACUACCAGCCAUCGAUCGGGCGUGUUUGGCCUGGCUCACACACAGAAAACGGCUUUCAGCUCUCAUUCCACACCUUCUUUUCCGACUCUCAGCCACCCAUGUAUGCGAUGGAGCCCAACAAUGUCAUAACAGAUUUCAGCCUGCAUGUGUCCCUAUACUACAGAGAAUCCCUGGUGAAAGAGGUGACYGUCACCAACCCAGAAGGUUGUCGGAUCACCUCUUCCUCUGCAUCCUCUCCAUCCUCCUCCUCACCGUCUCCGUGUCCGGAGGACAAGUUUCACGACGGGGCUGAAGUCGUUCUUUUCCCGGCCCCGUAUCCCGAGUCCCAAAGACAGGGUGCUGAGAUGCUUCCCAACAUACUGGAGAGAGGCGUGCUACUGUGGAUGACAGCUGACGGGCUGUACGCUAAACGCUUGUGUCAGGGACGGGUCUACUGGGAGGGACCUCUGGCUCCACAUCUGGAUAAACCCAACAAGCUGGAGAAGGAUCAGCCAUGUAAACUGUUUGACACCCAUCAGUUCCUCCUUGAGCUUCAAGAUUUUGCCAAAAAUGGCCGCCACUUACCACGACUCCAAGUGGUUCUGUGUUUCGGAGAUGAAUACCCCRAUCCACAACGUCCGAGGAAGUUGAUCACAGCGCAGGUGGAGCCAGUGUUUGCCAAGAAGUUGAUGUACUAUUACCAGCAGAACACAGGUCACUACCUGCGGACCUAUGACCACAUCCAGGAACAAAACUCCUCUUCAUCAAUAGACUAUGCUUCCCAGAGACCUCUGCAGCACAUUCAGGAGUGAAGAUCACGCCGAAACAAUAAGAAACGAACUUUAAGCAGCAGAGGUACCAAUCUGAAUUCAAAGCUGUGACCUUUUCUGAUGUCCUGUGAAGGCUGUGUACUAUAAAUCUUUGCACUGCGGUGGGUUCGGGGUGGGGAAGACCCCUGUCAAUUUGACAAGCACGUCUUGGCAUCGUGGACGUUGACUGUGGAGAAAAAUUCAUUUAAAAAAGAAAAAGCAAAAAAAAAUCUUCUGUGAAUAUUGUGACAGUGUGAAGGAUGCGGUUUGAGGGUGGAGGGAGGGUGGAAGGGGGUGGGGGGGUGAGGCGAGCCGAGGGCAAACUGAGACAGGAAGUACUAAAGCAGGUGCACAGGAAGAAUGGCCCCUAAGACAAACUUUGAUACGUGGAAGAGAUAAGCCGGCAUGAAUGAAAACUUAUUAUUUGCAGGUAUUGAACAUGCAACUCGUGCAACGAGUGAAGGGAUACCAAGAAAAAAAAAUCAACAUUUUCUCCGAUAUGACACAGCUUAUUCUGUGAUUCACUAACUUUAUAAUAUAACAUAAUUGACAUGCAAAAUGGAAAACUUACUGGAGACAUGUCCAAAUUUCUGAAAUGGGCAUGUUUACAGAAUAGCCAGACAGCUUAUUUUUAUUUUUAUUGCGUCAUAUCACCUAUUCUGCAUCAUUUUCUCUCGUCUUUUUCUAUUUCUUGUGAAAUAUUGUAUAGUUCUUUGAGUUUUGUAAUAAAUAUUCUGACACCAA